ACCACGCAGCACACCAACCACGCUGCUGCCAGUGAGCACGCCCGCCAUGGAUCCCUCCCAAUCCGGCUUCUACGCCGCUGGCCCGCCCAUGAUGAACCCUCCCCCGCGCCUCUUCGGCAGCGGCACCUUCGACCCUUCGCAAAUGCCCACGGCCAGCAUGUUUGCGCACGACGACAUGGACGACCACAACGACGGGGGCGACGCUAAGCGGCGGCGCAUUGCACGGGCAUGCGACAUGUGCCGCAAGAAGAAGAUCAAGUGUGACGGCAAGAUGCCCUCGUGCACCCACUGCCAAAACUACAAGACCGAGUGCAUCUUCACCCAGGUCGAGAAGAAGCGCCAGCCGCCGAAAGGUGCCAAGUACAUCGAAGGCCUCGAGAAUCGCCUCGCCCGCAUGGAGUCGCUCAUGCGUCUCUCAGGCGUUCUCCCUGAAGACGACGACGGUAGCACAGACCUGGCCACGCUCGAGAGGCGGCUCGAGGCGCGUGCGGGACGCUCGGCUACACCCAGGAACAGCACCACAGACAGGCCAUCUUCGGCAGCCCCCCAGUCGAGCCUUCACUCAGCAGCAGAAACCACCCCAGCCCAGCCCGCCCUCCCUAGCCCGAGGAGCGGCACCGCAUCCCCGGACCCCGACGACGAGCCCGCGGGCCCGAAGGACAAAGACGAAGAUGCUCUGGCCGAGAUGAUGUGCUCGCUAGUCACUAACAACUGCGGUGAGACAAGAUAUAUCGGCUCCUCAUCCGGCUUCUCCAUCUUCUCGCCCAAGGGCAUACAAUGGGUCAAUGAGAAGACGGGCGACAAUUCGUUCCGCGAUAUGAUUUCCACAGCUGCCGUCGAGGACAACAAGUGGAUACAGUGGCGGCCAGACGUCUUCCAGGACAUCUUCAAGCGCCGCGUCUACAAGCAAUUGCCUCCCAAGCACGAGGCGCUGUCACUGCUCAAAGACUACUUUGAAAACUUCAAUUGCAUGUUCCCCCUGUUCCACGAACCCACAUUUAUGCAUCUCGUCGACAAACACUACUCCAAAGAUCCCUACGAAGGCUCGGGCUGGUGGGCUAGUUUGAACGUCGCCUUGGCCUUUGCUCAUCGAUUGCGUGUCAUGAGUAAUCUUGUGCCUGCAGAGGAGGACGAGAAAGCUUGGCAGUACCUCAAGAACGCCAUGAGUGUCAUGGUCGAGCUUACCAUGCGCAACACCGAUCUACUGAGCGUACAAGCCUUGCUUGGAGUGGGCCUUUUUCUGCUAGGAACACCAAACCCCCAGCCCACCUACUUCUUCAUCGCCUCUGCUAUGCGACUAGCCCACAGUAUUGGUCUUCACAAGAAAGGUGCCAACUUCAGUCUCAACGCCGCAGAAGUCGAGCAGCGGAGGCGUGUCUUUUGGAUCGCAUAUAUGCUUGACAAGGACAUCUGCUUGCGUUCUGGUAGACCUCCAGUACAAGACGAUGAUGACAUGAACGUCGAGCUACCUAGCGAGACGCCAUCCGACAACAUUGGCAACAUUCCCCUCGCCGACGGCAAUGGUACCAUGAACCUUUUCCGACUCAUGUGCACCUUUGCCGUGAUCCAGAGCAAGGUGUACAAGGGCCUGUACUCGGUCAAGGCCUCUAAGCAGACUGAUGGCGAACUACUCAACACGAUUGGUGAAUUGGACAAGGAACUCGAGGCUUGGAAAGACGGCAUACCCCUCGAGUUUCGCCCAGAACACGACAUCAAAGCAUCGCACACCCCACUGAUUCUCCAGGUCGCCGUGUUGCAUCUUGGCUAUUACAACUGCCUGACUACCAUUCACCGCAUGAGCGUCCAUCACGGAUACUGGACGAGCCGUCUGUCAAACUUCGCCAUCCAGGGCCUGAAUGCACGACCACUGAAUCCCAGAGUCUUCAUGUCGGCUCAACUUUGCGUGCAGGCUGCUCGUGCUUCGAUCCACUUGCUCAAGUACAUACCAAAGGGCGACCUGUCUUGCGUGUGGCUCGUCAUUUACUUCCCCGUCACAGCACUCGUCACGCUUUUUGCAAAUAUCCUGCAAAAUCCACAAGACACGCGAUCACGAUCCGACCUCAAGCUAAUGAAGUUGGUGGUCAACUUCCUGAACAUGCUCAACGACGACCAAGGAAGUGGCAGUGUGAAGCGAAUGUGCACCGUUUGUGCCGAGUUUGAGCGCAUUGCAUCCAUGGUAUUAGAAAAAGCAGAUCGUGAGCACGCAUCGCGGCGAAAGAGAAAGCAAGGUGACAGCGAGCAAGACGCGCAGAUUGAAGCCACUGCAGCCGAGCUGCUUUCCACUGGCCGCAAUGCUCACUCGUCCCCACAGCAGGUCACUACACCACAAAACAAUCCUGCGUCUGAAGGCAUGGUUUUCAAUCCAGACUUUCACGGCUUCAACGAGCCAUUUCCUUUUUCGCCAAACUUUACACACGCCUCAUUACAACCCAACGUCCAAAUGAGCCAGUACGGCUCUCCUGGCAUUACUGCACAAAUGCUGCAACAGCAGCAAAGUCUGCCCAUCACGACUAGCGCUGAUGUGAACGGCAUCAGCUCCAACAUCAAUGCCAUGGCUACUAUGGGCCAGUUUGACCAGACCUUCAACAGUGUGCCGCAAGAUCUCUGGAAAAUGCCCAUGACGCUUGAAUGGGAUUGGGCGGAUAUGACGGGCGGCUUCUCCGGGUACGAGGACGGCAUCAGUAUGAACGGCGUGCUUCCCGACUUUGCCAACACGACUGGGCAUGGCACGAGCGAAUUCAACCAAGGUGCCAUGAAUGGCGGACGCCACUGAUGGGCGGUUUCGGAUUUGAUUGCAACAAGGUUGCUUUUUUUUCGCCAACAAUUGCACAGCAUAGUUGAUUACGUGGCUAGGUUAGACACGGGCGCGUCAUGACAGCGAGGCGCAUCUCGACGCUGGGCUCACGGGUGGUACUGCGUUUUGCUCAUAAUAUUACGGCCUCUGGAUGAGAUUUGAGGCCAAGUAUACAUGUCCUGUAAUUAUAUACCCAUCUAUCGCGUUAGGGCUGCAUGAUUGUGGCUAAUGCGCGUACACUGCUUUGGAGGCCAUGGUCUGGGCGCGGGAGUUGGCGCCAGACUAGGAGGCGCCACCGAAGCAUAGUUUGAGAUCUUCACUGUACGCUUUCGUACCGAUGAUGCUACCUUUUAUGGUAGCCAAUGUAUAACUGUUCUCUGUU